AAGUGAGAGAGACAGGAGCAAAGUGCUGAACCAGCUCCAGCUGCAAACUAGUGUCUGACUGCACUCCGGGGGGAUACAGGGCGGCCAGGCGGAGGGGCAGCAGAGUGCAGGCGGAGGGGCAGCAGAGUGCAGGCGGAGGGGCAGCAGAGUGCAGGCGGAGGGGCAGCAGAGUGCAGGCAGGGGAAGCAAAGUGCAGGCAGAGGGGCAAGGGUGCAGGCAGGGGGGCAACAGAGUGCAGGCAGGGGGGCAAGGGUGCAGGCAGGGGCAGCAAAGUGCAGGCGGAGGGGCAACAGAGUGCAGGCAGGGGAAGCAAAGUGCAGGCUGAGGGGCAACAGAGUGCAGGCAGGGGUAACAGAGCAGAAAGUGCUACAGAGCACAGGUAUAGACUGGACAGAAGCUGCAACCAUAGAACGGGCAAUACACUGCAAGGGGGACUAGACUGCAGACAGGGGGUAAACUGCAGAAUCAGGGAGCUCCAGGGGUAGGGGAAAGACUUCCGAGAAGAGCAGAGGGGUCUAGGCAGAACCCAGUACCAGGCAGGAGGAGGACCAGGUAACUUACCCAAGUGUCAGGCAGAUCCCCGGUGCCAGGGCAACCUCAGACCCAGCUGUGUGCCUGUCUCUCAGGAUGCAUCACCCCGGGCACCUGCUACUGCUGCUGGUUUCUGUGUGCGCCCCAUCCGCCGCAGAGGUCCUUUUCCGCUGCCCACAGUGCACCCCGGAGCGCCUGGCCGCCUGCCCCGCAGCCUCCGCCCGCACCCCGUGUGCAGAGCUGGUGCGGGCCCCGGGCUGCGGCUGCUGCUCGGUGUGUGCCCGGCUGGAGGGGGAGUCGUGCGGGGUGUACACCGCCCGCUGCGCCGCCGGACUGCGCUGCUACCCCAGCCCCGGGGCAGAGCUCCCCCUGCAGGCGCUGGUGCAGGGGCAGGGCACGUGCGCCAAGAGGAGGGACGCCGACUACGGGGGCAGCCAGGAGCGACUGACAGAUAUGCUGGAGGAGCGCUCAGACAACAUGCUCGUGGACAAUAACUUGUUGGACAAUGCUGGACCGAUGGUGACAGAUAUUUUACCAAGAAGACCAUUGAGACCUCCAGUAAAGGAAGAUGCUGUGAACCGUGGAAGAGCCAAUGAACAUCACCGAUCAAAAACCAACAAACCUCAUGACGAGAAGAAGAACCCAAGACAGAGGAGUCUCUGUCAGCAGCAGUUGGAUCAGGUCUUGGAGAGGAUUUCAUCCAUGAACCUCCCUGAUGAGAGAGGGCCGCUGGAGCAUCUGUACGCCCUUCAUAUCCCCAACUGCGACAAGAGUGGCCUGUUCAACCUUAAACAGUGUAAGAUGUCCCUGAAUGGUCAGCGAGGAGAAUGCUGGUGUGUCAACCCCAAUACUGGGAAGAUGAUUGCUGGAGCCCCCACGAUUCGAGGUGACCCAGAGUGCCACCUAUAUUAUCCAAACACCGAGGAGGAACGCAAGCAGCGCGGCCAGUAGUUUACUGUCCAGGCGAUCCCCUCACGCUGCCGUCUACUCUCACAAUGUCUGUAUUUCUACACGUAGGGUCACUGACAGUUUUGAAAGUGGGCUGGUUGAUGGUGGGCUGCCAGUUGUGCCAGCAGGUGCCAUAGACAAGGUGCCAAAGUCUUUCUCAGAACCAUCCCAGUUCCAAAACUCAUGAACCUCAAUGAUCAGAGAGCUACAGCAAAGGUUCACACCUCUCUCUACGUGCACUCGGAGACCGACACAUUAGGUUUCCUGAGACGUUGAAUUUACAUUUCCAAGGAACGUUUAAUAAAAAUCAACUUCUCUGGGAUCACGGGUGCCCCGAGUUAACCUGUCAAUCAUAUGAAACAAUGUAUCCUUCCUUGCUUGUUGUAUUCUAUAUUGUUGCAAAUGUUAGACCUUGGUUUCUAACCGAUUUUGUGAGACUGAUUACCGAUUGUACAUGCUGCUUACUUCAUUAAUUUCCAGUCAAUGACAGUCGAUGUAUCUGGCAUGUUCUUGCCCAGGGGGGUUCUUUUUUUCUGACA